AUGCAGGUGCCAGUACACUCCCGAAGGGAGGACCUCGAAAGGAGCCAGGAUGAAGGAAAAGGGGCCAAAGGUCGAGGAAGAGGGGGACAAAGCAAAGGAAAGGGGAAAGGCAAAAACUUCAAGGAGCCUCCGAAGUCGGACAAAGGCCUUCAGAAGAGGAUACAAAGGUAUGCUCGUGGAGACGUUGCCCUGAAAGACAUCACAUCGAAGAAAGACAAGAAGCUUGCUGGUCAGAUGAAGCAGCGAUACCGCGCGGACCAAGAGACGGCCUUUCGACUGGCAAAGGCUGAGGUGUUGCAAACUGCGGAGGCUGGCUUUAUCGAAGCAGAGGAGGGUGAGAAAACCAUGAGGUUGUCGCCGCCAUGUCUACGGGAAAUCCAUUUGGAUUGUCUGAAAUUUCUCACUAUGGCACUUCGCACGAGCACUAUGCGAAAUGUCGGCGGAAAGGCUGGCGGAUUCAUCAACAAGAAGUUCUUCCACCCCUCAUCCAUUCGCAACCAGGAGAGACUUUGGAAGGCAAUCACCGCUGAUGCGGUGGAGCAGCGGAAGCAGGACGACUUGGAAAAGGCCAGGGAGGAGGAACGCAAGGUCGAAGCCUUGAGGAAGGAGAUGUAUCUGACUGGACAAUGCAACAAGGAGAUGUUUGUUACAGCCUCUUCUGAUGCAGCAGAGCGGGGAACGCCCGAGCAAAUGAAGGCAUUCAAAGAGCUGAAGCGGAGGAAGGAGCUCCUGAAGGAACGAGCUCGCAAGCCAGAGUCGGAGGUGGAAGAGCAGGUCGAGAUCUUGUCCACAAGCGGUGACCCCAAAGUCAAGCUCGAGUCCUCGGAUCUCCAAAGCGAAGCAGCGAGCAGCAGCAGCAGCAGACCGAAGCUCUUGGCCACUUCAAAGUACCCGGAGGACGUCACGGUGCGCGGGCAUGAGCAGAUUUGGGGAUCCUGGUACACACUAGAGGAAAAGCGUUGGGGCUUCGCGUGCUGCCGUUUGACGGACUUUACGGCGAGGUGCCCGCAUGCGCCAGACGAGGAAGAGGAGACCGCAGAGAAGCGGAAGGGUGAACCUCGAAGCAAGCGACGGCGUGCAUCGGAACGACUCUUCAUCGCACAUGAGCACAAACCUGGAAAGGAGAAGGCGAGUAAAGCAUCACUGGCAUGGCCGCGACAGCUGCCGGUUCAGAGUGAUUUCAAACGCAUCACCUGUACAGUGCGCGAAUCACGCGUAAGAGGACAUUCAUCACCUGCAGUCGUGAGAUUUUGUCUUGCCUCUUGUCUCAUUCUGGGCGAAUCGAUGAACAUUUUCACGGAGCUGCAUGUCAAAGAGACGAUACGGGCGGUACAAACUCUCCACAAUGAGAACAUGUUCGCGGUGGCCCAAAGGAAAUACAUCUUCAUCUACGACAAGCAGGGAAUAGAGCUGCACUGCAUAAAGCAACAGAAGUCGCCGAUGCAUCUUGAUUUUCUGCCCUAUCAUUUUCUACUCGUCAGUGCAGGUGAACGCGGAGAGAUCGCCUGGCGAGAUAUCUCAUAUGGAGAGCAGGUUGCGGAGCACAAGACGAAAUUGGGGCCCACUACGUGUAUGCGGCAAAAUCCCACGAAUGCUGUCAUGCAUCUUGGGCACAACAAGGGUGUGGUGACAUUGUGGACGCCGACCGUCAAGGAGCCGGUCGUCAAGAUGGCGUGCCAUAAUGCGAAGGUGAACGCCAUUGCUGUCGCUGGCAACUACAUGGUCACUGCAGGAGCAGAGUCGAAGUGGAAGGUGUGGGACCUCCGGACGUAUGCAGAACUGCACUGCUACAGGACUCGUGGCCAUGCUGUCAACAGCAUAGAUGUGUCCAUGACGGGUCUGGUGGCAACCGGUGCUGGAUGUCGCUUUGAGGUUUGGAAGGAUGCAACAUCGGCGAGGCAGCCGAGGCCAUACAUCACCGAAGAGUACAAAGGGCGGAUGAUCGAAUCCGUGCGUUUCAGACCAUUCGAGGAUGUUUGCUGUGUCGGGCAUUCUGAUGGCUUUGGAAGUCUGAUUGUGCCGGGUGCGGGCAAAGCCAAUUUCGAUUCCUUCGAGGCGAACCCUUACGAAACCAAGUCCCAGCGACGAGAGCGAGAGGUAAACUCAUUGCUGGAUAAACUGCAGCCGGAUUCUAUCAUGCUCAACCCGGACAGAAUCGGUGAGCUCAACCAGGGCGUGGUCAAGGCUUGGAAAGAGGAGUCGGCGAAGAAAGAAGCUGCAGAAGCUGCCGAGGCUGACAAAAGCAAAAAGCCAGCUAAAAAGGCACGAGGAAAGAACAAGGUGGGCAAUCGAAUGAAGAGAAAAGCUCUGAAGCAAGUUGCAGAACAGAGGCAGAAGGCCAGGGAUCGCACGCAGAAUGGUGAGGGAGGCUCUGGUGGCGAAACAGAUGAAGAGGAUGACAGCGAGGGUGAAGCUGAGGAUGGUGGAGGUGCUCCGCCAGACUUAUCGGAGUUUCGGGGUUGUCGAGCAUUGUUCAACAUGCCGCGCUGGGCUUGCAAGGCAUCUCUCCGGGCAGCUUUGGGUAGGAUAGGGUUUGGCUUGGUUGCGUGCUGA